UGCCCAGAUGUCCAGGAGAUAGCUCCUGGAUGGGGCGAAGGGAUUCUUCUUACCCUUAAGAAGAAAUCUCCUGGAAGCAAGGUCUUUGAAUGCUAACUCUCAAAUGCCAUGGCUCCCCAAUAAACUGGUGGCCCCGGAACUGAAGUUGAUUGCUCAGGAGGAUAUUCUCUGCUAGUAAUGUGCUUUGGUUGCUGUCUGACUUUCCCUGCACUGAGUCAGGCUGACCACCGCACUCCGCCCCCCCCCCCCCCCAAGACUCCCUAUGUUCGGAGACCUAAAACAUUACUGAGGCAUUAAUGCAAUGUUUAUAAUGAGAUGGGCUAAGCCAUCGGUAGCACGCACAUGAUGAGCUCAACACAUUAAGGGAAAAAUAAAAAGCAAAGGUUGCAACCACCAGGAAGAUUAAAAGGCUUUUUCCCAUAAGCUUCUCUUCAAGUGUGAGAUGAGACAGCCAGCGCCGCUGGACCUGCAACCACGCGGGCCUACCGCCAAAUACCCGGAGGCCGCACCUCCAGGGGGGCGGGGCGGCCUUCACGUCACUCAGUUUCCCAGAAGCCAGCGCACGGCUUGGACUAGAUUUAAAAAAAAAAAAAAAAAAAAGGCGGGAGCGAGGCGGGCUGCUCCAGUCAGUCCAGUGUAGCAGUUGGUUCCGUGGGCUGUUGCCUUUUCUCCGCCCAGCUCUUGUUAUACUGCUCCGCAGGCAGCUUCUGUGCGUGGACGCUGAAGCACUCAGACCCUAGCUUGCUUCCUCCGGAAGGCGACGAGAGAGGCUGUGGAGGGCCAAGAGGCCCCUAAAGCCUUGGGGGGUAGGGUGGCAAUGUGGUCGCUACGGGUGUAUACCCGCAAGAAGCGGGCUGGCCAGAGGCUCAACCUAACCCCGACGCCGGAGCUAGGCCCCACCGUGAAGGCGGAGGCCCCUCCAGGUCCAGACAGGAGGCACUCUGCGCACUGCCUGAAAGGAGAAGCGCCCUGUUUGCCGAAGAUCUCAGAGAAAGCCGAGUGGAGUGGGCGGGGAGUUAGCCGCUCUAGGCCGCCGAGCACUCAGUUAAGAGUUACAGGACAGAAAAGCCUGCGUGGAAAUAGCACUAGUGAAGAGCCCUGGGAUGAGAAGAUUGCUCCAUUGAGUGAGUCAAUGACUGAUGACCUCCAGGUUGACAGUAGUUCAUCGAGUAGUGAGCUAGUAUCAGGACAAAGUUUGCAGCAUGAUAUUUCUAGUUCUCUUCUGAGCUAUUCAUUCACAGACUCUUACACAGAAUGCAAGAGUUUUGAAGAGAGUUUAAGUAAUUUCCCAUCACCUGAACUCUUCAGAGGAUCAGAUUAUUUAGAUUGGAAAUGUCCCAGGUUGGAAGAACAUAUGCAAUGCAAGAAUUCCACUCUUCUGGAUACCAGUAAAGCAAUAGCAAUAGAGAAGGUACCACAGUUUUCAGACCUCUCUGCAAUUUUAGGUCCCUCUUCAGAAGACUAUCAGAAAUGCCAUAGAGAAAUAGUGAUGACAUUAACUGACCAAAAUAUUUCUCAGAAACCAAAGAGUACUUUGCAUUCAGAAUCAGAUAAUGCAGCUUGUGAAGUUUUACUUGCUGAGAAAACUUACCCUUCAGCACCUGAAAAAACAAAGAAAAAACCUGAAAAAGAUCCUGAACAUACAGAUAAAAAUUUUCAAGCAAAGUUAAGUUCUUGUCAUCUAAAAAUCAAGGUUCCAUCAUCUCACCAGAGAUCUGUUAUUGAAACCAGUGCAGGUGGACCAGUUACCAACGUUCUUUUGCCUCAGUCCAUGGAAUCUUCAUCGAGUACAAAUUCUAGUACUCCUGAUAAGAAAAGCAGAGACCUCUUAACAAGUACUCCAUCUUCGCAAACUGCUGGUUUAGUGAUUGAUUUGUCCUCAGUGCAGAGAGCAUCUUUUGAAGAACUAUUUCCAAAUGUCAGCACUUAUGUUAAUUCAAAUGAAAUUUUUCCAGUGUCAAGUUUGCAAGAAAAUUCUUCAAAUGAGUUUCCUUCAAAUAAAUCAGAAAUAUGUUGUAUUAUUAGAGCAACACCGGGAAAUAGACAAGUGAAAAGUAAAGGUGUUGUUGUAAAGAAGAAGAAAUAUUCUCCACCUAAAGAUAUUCCCCAAGAUAUUAUAAUAAAAACAAAUGGCAGGAUGUAGCAGCUGUGGCUGAAUUUUCACCACUUUGAAGAUAUGCAUGAAUGUGAAGCCAAAGUCCAUAAAGCAGAAUAUCUGCCUGAAAUUAUAUGUAAUUCAAAAAUCAAAAUUCUCUAAUUAUUUGUGAUAUAUCCUGGUGUUUAAAUUCUACAAAGAUUCUUAUAAUUUAGUCUGUAAAGAGACAUUCUUCUGUAUCUUCUUAAAUAUGUGUAUUUGUAUUGUAAAAUAAGAAUAAAUAUCUUAAAAGACUGUACACUAACUAGAUAUUUUAGCUGUUUAUAAAAAGCCAAGUACCAGAAUACUGUGUAACUUCCUUUGUGUUUUUCCCAAAGUUUGUCCUCUGUAUGAAUUAAAAGUAUUAAAGUUGUUGAAGCGCUAAAAAUGAAAAUGCUUAUAUUACAAGCUAUUUUUAACAGAACUUAAUUGAAACCACAUGAGUGAGAGACCUAAUUCCAGGUCUGACUGAAAGAAACUCUAUACUCAAGUUUGCUGAAGCAGGGAAUGUAUAAUAUGUACAAUCAAUCAUACACUAAGUAUUUGAUAUAUUACCUCAUCCUCAAACCUUUAGCUAAUACUAUCUGUAGGAUUUUUUGUGUUUGUGUAUGUGUGAUAUUACUUGUUGUGGCAUCUUUACACCGCCCUUCCUAAAAAGCAGCAGCUCUGUUGUCAGAGAACAUCAGUUGUAUAACUGUUGGU